GAGCAGGCUAACGAACAUCUCGUCCCAGCUCACUCGUUGGUUCUACCAAGUAGGCGCAGUCCAAAAGAAGCGUUCCGUUAAACAAGAUGUCCAUGUUCGGUCUUGGCGGCGGCGGUGGGCAGCCAUCGGCGGCUGCCGUAAACUCUGUGCAGAUGGAAGCGGCGGCGGCGGAGCUGGACAUGAUUACGGACACAUUCAACAAGCUGGUCUCGUCUUGCCACGCCAAGUGCAUCAGCACGAGGUACAUGGAGCCGGACCUCCACAAGGGGGAGGGUGUUUGCAUUGACCGAUGCGUUGCGAAAUUCUUUGUGGUCAACAAGAAGGUUGGGGAACACAUGCAAGCCAUGGGAGGCGCUGCAGGUGCACAGGGAGGGCAACCGGGCAUGGGGCCGUUUGGGCGAUGAUAAUAUGUCCACCGAUCGCAUCUCUUCUUCAGCUACUGCGUCGUAUAUAUACACAUGCUGUCAUCUUUUUCACUGUAGCAUACCUCUCUCUAUCAAAAGCAGCUCUCCAG